AGCAUGGGUAAUGGUAUCAAUAAGGUCCUUCCGGACUUAUAUUUGGGAAAUUUUAAAGAUGCAAGAGAUCGAGAGCAGCUUGCCAGAAACAACAUCACACAUAUCCUAAGCAUCCAUGACAGUGCAGCUCCUAUCCUGCAGGAGAUGACCUAUCUCUGCAUUUCAGCUGCUGACUUGCCCACACAAAACCUGACUCAGCACUUUAAACAGAGCAUAAUGUUCAUGCAUGAGUCCCGCCUGAAAGGAGAAGGAUGCCUUGUUCACUGUUUGGCAGGAGUGUCCCGUAGUGUCACUCUGGUGGUGGCUUACAUCAUGACGGUGACAGGACUGGGCUGGCAGGAGGUGCUGGCUGCUGUGAAAGUGGUCCGGCCCUGCGCUGGCCCCAAUCUGGGCUUUCAGCGGCAGCUGCAAGAGUUUGAGGCUACUCAAGUUAAACAGUUCAGAGAAUGGCUACAAAAGAAAUAUAAGGAUAACCCCUUCAAUGAUGAGGCUGAUAUACAAGACUUGCUUGCCAGAGCGCCUAAAAGCAGUGGUGAGGAAGUAGAAAAACAUGCCUCUACCCUGCCUGGAGGAAUAUGAUCGGACCUGUUGAUGGGAUCCUCUGCAACAGCCUGAUGGAUUGUGAGAUGCUGACAUAUUCUGGACCUGUAUGGAAGUCAAUUGUGCUCCAGAGCAGACCGAUGUCUGGAUGUUUGUUGCAGUGAAUAAUUCUCUAAAUAUCAAGGACAUAAAUCGUGGACUAUAUGACAGAUAUGUACAGUGCUUAUACAUUUUUAGCAUUUGUUGAUACUGUUUCAAGUGUUGUUUUUAACUUAUGAAUGUUUGUUUUUCACUAUGUCGCUACAAUUGAAUUGCUAAAUUAAAGGAGCAAACACAAGUGCCUUGUGAGUGUUGGUUGGUGGGCUGUCAUGUUGAAGGUGAUAAGACACACACUGUGCUCAGUUUAUUGCUGUUUCCUGGUUCUCUUCCUGUUUGUCUUGUGCAAGGGAGGUCAUGCAUGGUGGCAUGAAAAACAUCAAGAUGGUGUUCUUUUAUCAAUCUUUUGGCUAAACUGUCUUUGGAAGCUCUGAAACAAAACAAUAAAAACAGCUACAAAAAGCAAAACAAAACAAAAAGUGACAAAACAAGAAAUUCAAAUGAAAAAUAAUCAGGGUUUACAUAUGUAGUGAAGUGUCACGUGCAGUAGACCUGUCAGUACUCACAAAGAAAGCUGGGUGUUGUACAAAGUAACCACUGGAGGGCAGUAUUAUUAACAAAUUACUUAAAAAUAAGUAUUUUCUAAACUUAAUUAUAUGUAUAUUUCU